CUCUCUCUCUCUCUCUCUCUCUCGCCGACGGUGCAGAUUUCCAGGUCCCAGAGACUGUCCGACACCUGUGCAAGACCCAGACACGCCUCAGGUGUCUCUCAUUCCCGUUCAGUUUUACCCCCACUGCCGCCGCCGCGCCCACUUGUCGACCGUCUCCGCUGACGCCGUCGCCGACAAAAGAGACCGGAUUUCAUUAGGGGUCUCGACCGUCUUAUGUCAUCGCUGCUGCAUCCAAUCGUCCGUUACCGUACCACCACCACUACAACCAACACCACCGCUCUCUACCAGUAACACUACCGAUCCUUUCAAAUAUUAUCCCCGCGACACCCCGACUAAUCUUCGCCUCCCCUCCCUCCUCCGAUCUUACUGCCCCGGAUGUAGACUGAGUUUCACAACCGUGCGUCACUUUUCUACAUAGCCCGCUCGGUUCCUCGACUCGCUUUCAAGAAGACUCCUCCCUCUCUCAAUGUCUUCGCUGGUCUCUGACUUCAUCAUCAAUCCGGUCCUCCGGCAGGCCCGCCGCUUUUCCGAGAUCUCGAGAACCACCUUCGUCUCCGAUCGGGACACUUCCCCUGACCCUAUCGCUGUCACGACCGACUCCGACCCCUCGCUGACCCGGCAUGCGACCGAUGCGCCAAUCCCAUCGACUCCAACACGACCUCUCAGUGCUUCAACAACCGUUGACGACGAGCCGCCUCCACCCCCCACACCACAUGCGCCAGUCGCGUCCUUCCCUGUAACCGUGCCGAUGUCUCCUACGACCCAAGAGUCUCUGCCUGCCGACGAUGGCAUGGGCGCGCUGCGGAAGCGUCUCAUCAGCAUCCAGUCACAGGAGAUUACGGCAGAAGAAAAGGCCCGGCUGAUGCACGAGGCCUUGAUGGAAGGGUACCGCAAGUCUCGAGACACCCCCCGUCAAGCCGAUGUGCCACCUACCGCGAUACUCGCAGGCGAGGCAUGGGAGCAAUCCAUUCCUAUCGCACCUCUCGAAUCAUUGAAGUUCUGGCAGCAUUCGCCUGGAGAGCCGUCUUCACCGCAAAAGUUCGUCUUGACCGUUGACGACGUUCGGCCGACGUAUGCUCCACCAAAGCUCUUCACGAGGGAAGAGCCCGAAGGUUCCCUCAUACUCGGCUGUCAGCACUACCGGCGCAAUGUCAAGCUUCAGUGCUCUACAUGCAACAAGUGGUACACCUGCCGCUUCUGUCACGACGCCGUCGAAGAUCACACUCUGGUCAGGAAGGAAACCAAGAAUAUGCUCUGCAUGCUCUGUGCCUGCCCUCAGCGAGCAUCAGAUGUAUGUGUCAACUGCGGGGAAAUGUCAGCUCGUUACUACUGUAAUGUGUGCAAGCUUUGGGACGACCAUCCAACCAACAACAUAUAUCACUGUAACGAUUGCGGCAUCUGCAGACGCGGAAGAGGUAUUGGCAAAGACUUCUUCCAUUGUAAGGUACGUGUCGUGACCCACAUUGUUGAUAACCCCACCCCUAACGGAUAUUCCCAGAAAUGCUGUGCAUGUAUUUCGAUAUCUAUACAACAAUCCCACAAGUGUAUCGAGCGCUCGACGGAUUGCGACUGCCCCAUUUGUGGGGAGUACAUGUUCACUUCCCCCAAGCCUGUCGUGUUCAUGGGAUGUGGCCACAGCAUCCACCAGAAGUGCUACGAUGAGCAUAUGCUGCAAUCGUACAAGUGUCCUAUCUGUAACAAAAGUUUGCUUAACAUGCAAAGCCAAUUCCGUCAGUUGGAGCUGGCUAUUCUGGCUCAGCCGAUGCCCCCCGAAUUCCGGGACACCAGGGCAACGGUCUUGUGCAACGACUGCAGCGGGAAAAGCUCAGUCCCAUACCACUGGUUAGGUCUGAAAUGUGCCAUCUGUACGUCGUACAACACAGUCGAGCUUCAGAUCAGCGGCGGAAGAGAUGGAACACCCGCCACGCCGACAGUCGUCGCGCCAGAACCUAGCCCGGUUGCCGUCGAGGCUGCUGCUGCCUCGGCUCGAAUGGACGUACCGCAAGUUGGCCGGCGAAGACACUCGUCUCAUGCCGGCCCAGAGACGCGGCAUUUAACGGUGGAUCGUCUCGCUAGAUCAGCUUCGCCGGCACCCCCAGUGUUGCCGCCGAACAUGGCGGACAGCGCAAUUGAGGAAGAAGAGGAGGAGUCAGAAAACGAUAUCCUCAAUCUUUGGGGCCGAGGGCAUCACGACUCUGACGAUAGUGGGUCUAUAUCCACAGACAUGGACGAGGAAGAUUCCGAUGGCGAGGAUGAUGACGAUGAUUAUGAGAAUGAGAUUAUGCUCAUCGGACAUCGAUAGCCCCUGCGAUGAUGCAUUCACGAUCCGGGACAAUAAGGUGGAUCUGGUAGCGGGAAUGUUAUGAAGACCGGCGCAAGGGGCCUGGAGUGACCUCACGGUUUGGACAUAUGGGGGUUUAUGGAUCAUUGCGAGCAUAUUCACGGUUAAUCAUCGGUUCAGUUGGCGUUAUUAGGAUAGCCAAGUUUUUCCAGUGUUGGAGGAGAAUUUCGAUUGUUGAAGCCCCUGGAGACUGGGUUAUAAAAGUUUCUAUAAUGGAUGAACCUGGAAAGUUGAACGUA